CCGUCGGGGGCGGAAUUAGAUCCAAACAGGCAGUUUGCAACUAUGUCUCCGCCCUCUAAGUGCGCUACAUCUUCCUGGUCGCUGUCUUGUUGGUGAUUUUUUUUUGUUUGUAAUAUGUAGCCAUUUAACUGUAACUCACAUACAAUCUGUAUCUUACCGCUACUCGUAGCAAACCGUAGCCCGGUUUCUAAUGGACACCACGGUCCGCCUUAUACGUAUGCAGCAAAAGGCUGUUGCGUGAUGUGGGGCUGGGAGACUUUAGGGAUCCGCUUUCUGUUUUUCCGAUGGUCGCUGUGUGUGUGCCGGCUCUAGACGUACAUUUAGGGACAUUGCGCCGUGGCACCAUGGAUUCGUGCUGCAUUAACACCGGACCUUGCAAUCACCGUAAUGAGUAAAAUCCUCAUCUGAGCGGAAUUGGGGGCAGGAAUAAAAACGGACGUAAGCGGACGAAAACAAAAACAAAAAUGGGAUUCCUCCACCAGCUCCAUCUCCUGCUGUGGAAGAAUGUGUCCCUGAAGCGAAGAGGGCCGUGGGUGUUGGCCUUCGAGAUCUUCAUACCCCUGGUCCUCUUCUUCAUUCUGUUGGGCCUGAGGCAGAAGAAGCCAGCCAUCCCUGUGAAGGAAGUCUCAUUCUAUAGUGCUGCCCCACUGACCUCAGCUGGGAUCAUCCCCAUCAUGCAGUCACUGUGUCCUGAUGGCCAGCGGGACGAGUUCGGCUUUCUGCAGUACAAGAACUCCACGGUGACACAGUUGCUAGAGCGGAUCAGUGAGGUGGUGGAGCAGAACCACCUGUUUGCAGCCGACCGGCCCGGUCUGGGGGAGGAGCUGGAGUCGCUGCAGCACCACCUGGAGGGUCUGAGCACAGAGCCAGGGCCCCUGGAGACCCACUUCAACAGCAGCCAUGGAUUCACCCUGGGUAGCGUGCUGAGGAACCAGUCUGCGUUCCAGCAGUUCCUGGUGGGAAACCUGUCCCUGCCCAACGACACAGCCGGCCUGCUGCUCACCUCCCACGUCAAUCUCAAGGAGGUCUAUAACCUCCUGUUCGGCUCGUACCCUGGGCCAGGACCCCAUAGCGGGGGCUGGCUGCAGGGGGUGGGUGCUGGUCCGGGGGAGAAAGUGCUCCAACUGGAGGAGCAGCUGAUUGAAGGCUGGAGAAGCCUGGAGGGGGGGCUGAUUCACAAGGCCCUGCAGGAGCCCAGUAAAGCGGCCCAUCGGCAGGCCCUGCUCAGGCUGAUGUCCCAGGCACUGGGCCUCGGUGGAGGGACAGAGGGCAAGAGCUAUGACCUCCAGGACCUCCAGGAGAUGGAGGGCGUUCUUCUCACUGCCACCAUGCUGGAAGUGCUGACCUGCGGGAGGGGUGGGAGCAGCGAGUUGACCAAGAUCCUAUUGGUCCCUGAGGAGCGACAGGCAGCUCUGCAGGCAUAUCGCAGCGCAGUGUGCAGUGGAGGGGAGGGCCUGCGGGCGCGUCGCUUCAGCCAGAUCAGCCAGGAGCUGAGGGAGCAGAUCGACACUCGGGCGGUCAUGGAGAAGUUGCGCCUGGAACAGGUGAACACGUCCGGGGUGCCCUCCCACCUGGGCGCACUGCUGAAGGACCUGGCUGAUGUGGAGCGGCUGCUGCGGGAUGUGGACCUGCUGUCAGGCCUGGCUCGUCUGCUGCCCAAAGGGGCCUGCGCCGGCCACCAGGCCCCGCUGCCAGCCAACACCACCACCUGGAGCCCCAAUGCGACCUCCUGGGGCCCGAAUGCCACCGACGUACCCAACGAGGAUGCCAGCGGGCCUGCAGGUGGCGACACGGAGGGGGAGAACCCACGCUCUCAGUUCUCUGCAUUUGUACAGCUGUGGGCGGGACUACAGCCCAUAUUGUGUGGGAAUAACAGAAUUAUCAAACCUGAAGCUUUGAAACGGGGUAACAUGAGCUCGCUGGGCUUCACCAGCAAGGAGCAGCGGAACCUAGGCCUUCUGGUGCACCUGAUGACUACAAAUCCCAAGAUCCUCUACUCCCCGAUUGGCUCACAGGUUGACAAGGUCAUCCAGAAGGCCAACGAGACGUUUGCUUUCGUGGGCAAUGUGACACACUAUGCCCGUGUGUGGCUCAACAUCUCAGCAGAUCUACGCACCUUUCUGCAGGAGGGGAAGCUGCACAACCACAUGGCCUGGCUGCAGCAGUUCAUCACCGACCUGCGGCGACACCCUGAGCUGCUCAACGCCACUGACAAUGAGUUUGUGACGCGUCUUCUGGAGGGCAACUUCACCCUUCCCAACAGCAGCAGCCUGCUGGAGCAGCUGGACACCAUCGACAACGCCGCCUGCGGCUGGACGCGCUUCAUGUCUAAGGUUAGUGUGGACAUCUUCAAAGGCUUCCCAGAUGAGGAGAGCAUUGUGAACUAUACACUGAACCAAGCCUACCAGGACAACGUGUCUGUUUUCGCCAGCGUGAUAUUUCAGACAAACAAGGACGGCACCUUGCCCCCCCAUGUGCUCUACAAGGUCCGGCAGAACUCCAGCCUCACCGAAAAGACCAAUGAGAUCCGCCGGGCCUACUGGCGGCCUGGACCCAACACUGGGGGGAAGUUCUACUUCCUGUACGGCUUCGUGUGGAUUCAGGACAUGAUUGAACGAGCCAUCAUCAACACCUUUGUGGGCCACGACGUGGUGGAACCGGGGAACUAUGUGCAGAUGUUCCCGUAUCCCUGCUACACGCGGGACGACUUCCUGUUUGUGAUAGAGCACAUGAUGCCGCUCUGCAUGGUCAUCUCUUGGGUCUACUCAGUGGCCAUGAUGAUCCAGCACAUUGUGGCGGAGAAGGAGCACCGACUCAAAGAGGUGAUGAAGAUGAUGGGGCUGAACAACGCUGUGCACUGGGUGGCCUGGUUCAUCACCGGCUUUGUGCAGCUCUCCAUCUCCGUGACGGCACUGACCGCCAUCCUCAAGUACGGCAGGGUGCUCAUGCACAGCGACCCCUUCAUCAUCUGGCUCUUCCUCACUGUCUAUGCCGUUGCCACCAUCAUGUUCUGCUUCCUGGUGUCUGUGAUUUACUCCAAGGCCAAGUUGGCCUCUGCUUGUGGGGGCAUCAUCUACUUCCUGAGCUACGUGCCCUACAUGUACGUGGCCAUACGGGAGGAGGUGGCCCAUGACCGGAUCACCGCCUUCGAGAAGUGCAUCGCGUCUCUGAUGUCGACCACCGCCUUUGGCCUGGGCUCCAAGUACUUCGCCCUCUAUGAGGUGGCUGGGGUGGGAAUCCAGUGGCGCACUAUCAACCAGUCGCCAGUAGAGGGUGAUGACUUCAACCUGCUGCUCUCCAUGGUGAUGCUGAUCAUUGACGCCACAGUGUACGGAGUGCUCACUUGGUACAUCGAGGCUGUGCAUCCAGGAAUGUUUGGGCUGCCCCGGCCCUGGUAUUUCCCACUCCAGAAAUCCUAUUGGCUGGGCAGUGGCCGUGUCGAGACAUGGGAGUGGCCCUGGGGGACCGGAACCAGGCUCAGCGUGAUGGAGGAGGACCAAGCCUGUGCUAUGGAGCACCGGCGGAGUGAAGAGACGCGGGGCAUCGAGGAGGAGCCCAGCCACCUCCCCCUGGUGGUGUGCAUCGACAAGCUGACCAAGGUCUACAAGACGGGCAGCAAGCUGGCUCUCAACAAGCUAAGCCUGAACCUCCACGAGAAUCAGGUGGUCUCCUUCCUGGGCCACAAUGGCGCCGGCAAGACCACCACCAUGUCCAUCCUGACGGGGCUCUUCCCCCCCACAUCAGGCUCUGCCACCAUCUACGGCCACGACAUCCGCACAGAGAUGGAACGCAUCCGGCAGAACCUGGGCAUGUGCCCGCAGCACAACGUGCUCUUCGACAAGCUCACCGUAGAGGAACACCUGUGGUUCUACUCGCGCCUCAAGGGCAUGGCCGAGGAGGACAUCCGCAAGGAGAUGGACAAGAUGAUCGAGGACCUGGAGCUGUCCAACAAGCGGCACAGCCUGGUGCAGACGCUCUCGGGUGGCAUGAAGAGGAAGCUGUCAGUGGCAAUUGCCUUCGUGGGUGGCUCUCGCGCGGUCAUCCUGGACGAGCCCACAGCUGGCGUGGACCCGUACGCACGCCGCGCCAUCUGGGACCUCAUCCUCAAGUACAAGCAGGGCCGCACCAUCCUGCUCUCCACCCACCACAUGGACGAGGCCGAUCUGCUGGGCGACCGCAUCGCCAUCAUCUCCCACGGGAAGCUCAAGUGCUGCGGCUCUCCACUCUUCCUCAAGAGCACCUACGGCGACGGCUACAAGCUCACUUUAGUAAAGAAGCAGAGUGACUCGCCUUCCACUGAAGACCCCAGCAGCCAGCCUGCUGCCCAGCCCUGCUCCCUGUCGCCAUCCUCUGCACCGCCUUCCUCUCUGUCUCCGUGCUCUGAGGCCCGGGUCACCCACUUCAUCCGCCAGUUCGUGGCCUCCUGCCUGUUGGUGUCCGACUCAAACACAGAGCUGUCCUAUGUGUUGCCCUCGGAGGCCAUCAAGAAGGGGUGCUUCGAAAGGCUCUUUCAGGCUCUGGAGGAGAAUCUGGACAGCCUGGCUCUAACCAGCUUUGGGGUGAUGGACACCACGCUGGAAGAAGUGUUCCUCAAGGUGUCUGAGGAGGACCAGUCGCUGGAGAACAGCGAUGCCGAUCUGAAGGACUCCCCCGGAAGCUCUGCGGGAAAGAACUCCUGUUUGCCCGGGCCGCAGUGUGAGGUGCAGCCAGCAGGGGGCACCGUUCGGCCCGAGGUGGAGCUCAGCAACCUGGUGAUGUGCUCCCAGCUGAGCCAGAGCCUGAGCUCGCUGCGCUCGGCCUCCUCGCUGGGCUCCGUGCGGGGCGACGAGGGCGGCCUCUACUCAGAGUUCUACGGGGAUUACUGCCCUCUCUUCAAUAACAGCCAGGACCCCGACAGCGCCAGCACUCAGGAUGUGCCGCCCCCCCUGGCAGAUGUGCCGCUUCUGCUGGAGGGGCAGGGCAGCUUCAAGCUGGAGGGCUGGUGGCUGCGUCUGCGGCAGUUCCACGGCCUCAUCGUCAAGCGCUUCCACUGCGCCAAGCGGAACACCAAGGGGCUCUUCUCACAGAUCAUGCUGCCUGCCUUCUUCGUCUGCGUGGCCAUGACCGUCGCCCUGUCCGUGCCCGAGAUAGGUGACCUGCCCCCCCUCAUUCUAUCUCCCUCCCAGUACCACAACUACACCCAGCCGAGGGGUAACUUUAUUCCCUAUGCCAACGAGGACCGCGCCCAGUACAGGAGCAAGCUCUCCGCAGACGCCAACCCACAGAAGAUCAUCAACACACUGCGCUUGCCCUCGGGUGUGGGGGCUACUUGCGUGCUCAAGACCCCCUUCAACAGCACGCUGGACCAACUGGCACAGACCCUCAACCCCAGCGCCAACAACGCCAAAACGCUGGCAGCACGCUACUUUGACUCAAUGUGCCUGGACUCCUUCACUCAGGGCGUGCCCCUGUCCAACUUCGUGCCCCCUCCCCCAUCCCCAGCGCCCUCCGAUGACCCCGAGCCAGGCUACGAGGAUGGGACCUGGAACUACACUGCCGCCCCCCCCACCACCGUUCACGAGACGGUGACGUCGGCACCGUCCCUGCCGCAGAGUAUCCACGAGCCAGUGCGCUGCAUCUGCUCCAUGCAGGGCACGGGCUUCUCGUGCCCCAGCGGUGUCGGGGGCAGGCCGCCACUCACCAAGGUGGUCACGGGGGACAUCUUGGUGGACAUAACCGGCCGCAACGUGUCUGAGUACCUGCUGUACACGUCAGACCGCCUCCGUCUGCACAGGUAUGGGGGGAUCACAGUGGGGAAUAUCCAGAAGUCCAUCCCAGCUUCCUUUGGGAAGAAUAUCCCACCCAUGGUGCGCAAAAUCGCAGUGCGGCGUUCGGCCCAGGUGCUGUACAACAACAAGGGAUAUCACAGCAUGCCCACCUAUCUCAACGUGCUGAACAACGCCAUCCUGCGGGCCAACCUACCCCCGAGCAAGGGAAACCCUGCAGCUUACGGCAUAACAGUGACCAACCACCCCAUGAACCGGACGAGCGCCAGUCUCUCCCUGGACUACCUACUGCAGGGCACCGAUGUGGUCAUCGCCAUCUUCAUCAUCGUGGCCAUGUCCUUUGUGCCAGCCAGCUUCGUCGUCUUCCUUGUUGCCGAGAAGUCCACUAAGGCUAAGCACCUGCAGUUUGUCAGCGGCUGCGACCCGGUCAUUUACUGGCUGGCUAACUACAUCUGGGACAUGCUGAACUACCUGGUCCCUGCCACCUGCUGCGUCCUCAUUCUCUUCGUGUUCGACCUUCCUGCGUACACCUCCCCCACCAACUUCCCAGCUGUCCUGUCACUCUUCCUACUGUACGGUUGGUCCAUCACUCCGAUCAUGUACCCAGCGUCCUUCUGGUUUGAGGUGCCCAGCACAGCCUACGUCUUCCUCAUCGUCAUCAACCUCUUUAUCGGCAUCACAGCCACGGUGGCCACCUUCCUGCUGCAGCUGUUCGAGCAUGACAAGGACCUGAAGGUGGUGAACAGCUACCUAAAGUCCUGUUUCCUCAUCUUCCCCAACUACAACCUGGGUCAUGGACUGAUGGAGAUGGCCUACAAUGAAUACAUCAAUGAGUACUACGCCAAGAUAGGUCAGUUUGAUAAGAUGAAGUCACCAUUCGAGUGGGACAUCGUGGCCAGGGGGCUGGUGGCCAUGACCAUCGAAGGCUUUGUGGGGUUCUUCAUCACCAUCAUGUGCCAAUACAACUUCUUCAGGAAACCCCAGAGGAUCCCUGUGAACAGCCAACCAGCGGAGGAUGACGAUGUCGAUGUGGCGUGCGAGAGGCGGAGGGUGCUGAGAGGGGAUGCUGAUAACGACAUGCUGAAGAUAGAGAACCUCACUAAGGUGUACAAGUCCAGGAGGAUGGGCCGUAUUCUGGCGGUGGACCAACUCUGCCUGGGGGUCCGUCCAGGAGAGUGCUUUGGCCUGCUAGGGGUGAAUGGUGCCGGGAAGACCACCACCUUCAAGAUGCUGACAGGAGAUGAGAGCACCACGGGAGGAGAGGCCUUCAUCGGAGGUCACAGCAUCUUGCGGGAUCUGCUGAAGGUCCAGCAGAGCAUUGGUUACUGUCCCCAGUUUGAUGCUCUCUUCGAGGACCUCACCGCCAGAGAGCACCUCGAGCUCUACACUCGCCUCAGGGGCAUUCCCUGGAAGGAUGAGGAGAGGGUGGUCCAGUGGGCCUUAGAGAAGCUGGACCUGUCCAAGUAUGCAGACAAGCCAGCAGGCACCUACAGUGCAGGCAACAAGCGCAAGCUGUCCACUGCCAUCGCCCUCAUCGGCUUCCCCUCCCUCAUAUUCCUGGACGAGCCCACCACAGGCAUGGACCCCAAGGCACGCCGCUUCUUGUGGAACCUCAUCCUGGACAUCAUCAAGACAGGCCGCUCAGUGGUGCUGACCUCUCACAGCAUGGAGGAGUGCGAGGCUCUGUGCACCAGGCUGGGCAUCAUGGUCAACGGCAGGUUCAAGUGCUUGGGCAGCAUCCAGCAUCUUAAAAACAGGUUUGGGGACGGCUACAUGAUAACAGUGCGCACGCGGUCCACCGUCAGCGUCAAGGAAGUGGUGAGGUUCUUCAACAGGAACUUUCCAGAAGCUAUAUUAAAGGAGCGACACCACACAAAAGUGCAGUACCAGCUGAAGUCCGACAACAUCUCCCUAGCCCAGGUGUUCAGUAAGAUGGAGCAGGUGGUGGAAGUGCUUGGUAUGGAGGACUACUCCGUUAGCCAGACCACUCUGGACAAUGUGUUCGUGAACUUUGCCAAGAAACAGAGUGACAACCUGGAGCAGCAAGAGAGCACGCCCUCUGGUGGCGGCAGCCAGUCGCCUCUGCAGCGCAUACUCAGUCUGAUCCGACCCCGGCCCGCCAACACGGAGCUGAACGCGCUGGUCAGCGAGGAGCCCGAAGAGCUGGAGAGCGAUGAUGACGAGGGUCUGAUCAGCUUUGAGGAAGAGAGGGUACAGCUUUCAUUUAACACAGAUACGCUCUGUUGAACUUCAGAGACUGGCCGACCGGACAGAAGUGGAGUCCGACACCUUUAAAAAACGCUUUUGACUCCCGAUCGUAAUGAGAAUGCGGAAGAGCAAACCUAAAUUAAAGCAAGCCCAGAACGACAGCUCUUUUCUUUAAUUUGCCUGGAGAGCAGCCAGGCUGGGGGCGUGCCGUCUCCUCCACGUGCGGAGAAACGAGGAGACGCGGCGGGAACCGGGAAGUGAGAGCCCCGGAGAGAAGGGAAGGAGACAUGGAUGCUGGGUGUGCCGUCUGCCUGCCACCCCCUCCUGCCCCCUCGCCCUCGGCCGGGACCGCGGCGGCUGCAGCUUCGGGGGGCCGGAGAACCGCGGCUGAUUUGCAGCUCACCUACAGCUUUUAGCGAGAAUGUCAGUUUGUGCUUUAACAGGAAUGUUUCCCUGCGACGUGUCUCGGUAUCAGCUUGUGAGACAAGCACUUGUAGUCGAAGCUGGAGUGAACCAAAAAAACAGCGUUAAGGGACUGUGUUCAGGGCCCAGUUAUUGCUCGCGUCGCGUUCUGGCUGCGCGGUUGCAAAUGCAGCCCAGUAACAUAUCAAUCUCCUUACGGGUCCAGCCCGCUCGCCCCAGCAUAUCCUCUUAUGAAUGUAAUUUUAGGGCUAGUCUUAUUUCUCUUCCCAGCCAAAGUCAACACCAGUAUAUAGACAUAUUCUUUCUCCCCCUUGUACACGGACCCCUCCUGCAUUUUAAGGUUUAACAUCCUUUUGACUGUGUUUGCCUUUUCAGCAUGCUGUAGGGUUUAUGAGACUCAGAGAGUCAUGUCAAAUGGUGUAUUGUCAUGUGUACUUCUUCUAUGGAGAGAAAACAGUGAUUUGUUUUACAUGAUGAGAUGUCAGAUUUCUGUGGUUUUUAAUUUAAUAACCGAUUGACGAUAAUUAGCAAUGUGCGUCUUGUACUGAGACUCUUCUGGACGCAUGUUGCGCCUGAUCACAGGGGUGACUUCCGGCUCCUGCCUUUCUCUUUAUUUUGCUCGUGUGUAGUGUGCAGGAAAUCAGCUGUACGGUUCCCCCUGUAGGAAGCUCAUGUGAGAUGUGUCACUGCAGGGGGGUCAUGGUGCGCAGCCGGCAGAGCGCCCCCGGCUGGUGAGUUUGGCAGGACAGCAGAGUAGGAGGCAGGAGGAUUUUCAUCCUUGUGCUAACGCCACAAAGAGAGAUUUCUUACUUGCUAAUACUACCUUCAAAACUAUCUUCACAAUACAGCAGAAACAUAUUUGGUAGUUUCACAAUUAAACUCACUGACCAAUACAAAUGUCCUGAGUAUGGCAGUCCCUUAUACAUGUGAAAUGAUCAGUCUGGAAGUAGGAUGGACCAUCUCACAGCCAGUGAGACGCGAUGGGCUCCCGCUAAGCUUCACCUUAGGGAUGCAACUUGAUUUGGGGUCAUUUCCGAACACUUUAGGACCAAUUAAAGGUCAUUUUGUUUAUAUCAUUUGUAAAAUAAUUACAAUAUGAUAUAGUAUUUUUUUUCUUCAAGAGAACAAAAUAGAAUAGAGGGCAUGGAAAGGAAAAAAAUUAGGCAUUUUUUUUGUUUUUAAUAUACGACCCAAUGUUAAUAACCAAAGGCAAAGUCAGUGAUGACUGAUAAUCCUACACUGAGGGAUGAUUGAGACACUAACUUUUUUUCCUCCUUUAAUAAGAUCAGAUGUGUCUGUGAAAGCAGAGAUUUUCCUUUUGUAAUUUUGUGCAGUUGUUUAGUUGUUGUCUUUCUUGGCCUGAACUUAAUACCUCUUUCUGUGUCCUAUUACUGCGGUUUAAUUCAUGAUGAUUUUGCUCACUUUCCAUCUGGCCUCAGUGGACCAGCACCUCUUCGUCGGCGAUUGACCUUUAACCUUUUGAACGUCCGGUCACCCCGUCCUUUGAUCCCCUCACACCCUACCUUGGAGUGCUAAUUCCAAAGGCCUUUGCUCUCAAACGCUGUAGGGCGCUUUGAUCAAGUUACACAAACUUUAAAAGAAAAAGAACUUUCAUAAAUAUUUGCUUCACAGCAGACUGUUUUGUCAUGAUCCGUGCAUCAGAUAAAUGUUUUUAAAGAACAGAGACUUCAAAUGAAGGCAGCAGGUUGCUUGGGUGCGAUCAUGUGUGAUUAGGGGGAGUGUAACUCGCAUAUCAGCCAAACGCUCCAGUUAAUUUUGUGAAUAUGUAGUUUUCCUCUGGAGCGGAAGGCUCUAGAAUGUAUCCUAUGUAUGUACAUGAAUAUAAAUAUAUAUAUAUUUAUAUUUAUAUUUUACAAACAUGUAUGUCUGUUUAGAUCUUUUUUGCUGUAAACGACUGUUGUUUGGAUGUAACAUUUUGACUUGAAUUUGCCAGCUUGUUUCUGAUUAAAUCAUUUGUGGUUGCCAUG